GAUUGCACAUGACUACGAUAAUGACACCUGUCAAUUCCCGAUUCAAAGGAAUUCUGUGAGUAGUAAGGGUAAUUACUGGAAUCGCUUAUCAGUACGAGUUACAAAAGAGUUCAAACUCCAAGCUUCAACUGAAUCACAGUUAAGUUUCAGUCAUGCAGUCUUCAUCUUCCAAUAUUGUCUCAAAUAACUGGGAGGAAGUGGAUAGGAAAGAGAUUACAAAUCUUGUAACGGAAACAAACGGCCGAAAAGAAAACGUUUUACGUGUAAAAGAAGAUGUACUUCUUCAUCACUUGGAUAUCAGCAUAGUAGAGGCCGAAAAGCGCAUAAAUGGACCAUUGACACUGAAAGAAUACUACUCUGUUUACCUAAUCGAGACAAAGGCUAAUGACAAAAAUUGGAGAGGUGGACUUUCUCCUACUGGUUCAGUAUGGAGACGUUACAGUGAGUUUGAAUUGUUAAGGUUUCAGUUGGAAAACAAAUAUCCAGAGGUUAUUAUUCCACCUCUGCCUGAGAAAAAGGCAUCAUUUACUCGACAAAAUCAAAGCAGUGAUAACAUCGAUCCUGUGUUCGUCGAUCGUCGAAGAGUAGGAUUGGAGAACUUCCUCUUACGCGUUGCCUCCCACCCCAUUUUAUGCCACGACCAAGUCUUGCUCAAAUUUCUUCAAUCAGAUCGCGAGUGGUCAGAUCUUGAUGUAAAUGCAGAUGGUGGGAAAUAUGUUCAGCAGGCAGAAUUCAAAUUGAAAUCAAUAAGUACCUCUUUGAGAUUGAAGAAACCUGAUGAUCACAUCGAAGAAAUACGACACUACAGUUCAGAAUUACAAUCAUCGUUGGGAAACCUGUUGAGGCUUCGUGUCCGUCUCGCCGAUCGCCUAUUUGCUAUUCACAAGUUACAUGCAAAUUAUGGAAGAGUUUUUAGUGAAUGGAGUGCCUUAGAGAAAACAAUGGGAGAUGGUUUACAAAAAGCUGGGCAUUACAUGGAUUGUUACGCUGCUGCAAUUGAUGCACACAUGGAAGAGGAAGAUAUAGUGGCAGAUCAGUUGAAAGAGUAUCUUUUCUAUGGUCAAGCACUGCAAGGACUUUGUAGCCGACACCAAAUGGCCCAACUCGAAGUCGAAAAAGCUGAGUCUCAAUUGUCGAUGCAGCAGUACAGCAAGAGUAGAUCUCUAGGUCAAGAUGGUUACCUUACUAAGCUUUGGGGGAAGUGGACUGGAACAACGGAAACUCCAGAUGAUCGUCAAGCUAAAAUCGAAACUAUAGAGCGUAAUAUCGACGAAGCUCAAGUUCUAGUUCAAACCGCGUCUACUCAACUUAGUCAAUUUUCCAAGCGAGCUGCAAAUGAGGUUGACCGCUUUCAUCAGCACAAAAACGCUAAUCUGCAAGAAUCCUUGGCCAAUUACGUUAUUCUUCAAAUGAAAUUGUCAAAAUUGGGUUUGCAGACUUGGAAGCAUGUCAAGGAAGCCUUGGAAGAUCUGCCUUGAGAACUGAUUAUACAUGCUGAACUAUUCUUUCGUCUGUGAUUCUGUCUCGCCUCAUAAAAUUACUUUUUCAGCUGAUAAUCUUUAAUAAGCGAUUUGUUAUAGGAGAUAUUGUCUUUAUAUUCUCUCAGCUCCUUUUUUUUGCCCACUUUUUCAUUCCUGAUGUGUUCGUGUGCUCUUCUAAACUGUCUAGCCUUUGAUAUUUUGUCUUCGAUGUCAUCACAAUUCAUGUACACAGAUUUACCGCAACUCUAUAA